AUGUUUAUAUUCAGUUGUGAAAAAAAACUAUCUAUCACAACAUGUCAGUGUGAUUUAAAUAAAAAACCUACUUUAAAGAACACAGGAAAAGAAAAAAGAAAUGUUUAUUCUAGAAUCUAUAAUUCACAAACGAAACAUACUAUUUACAAUACAUUACAACUUGAAAAAUUAGAAGAGGCCAACAAAAUUUAUUCAUAUAAUAUUGAUUUUUCGUUCAAGUUUAAUUUUUCUCUUUGUGUUAUCUGCCAUAAUAUUAUGACAAGAUUAAAGAGGAAAUCUUUAAAAGACACAAGAACUACCCCAUUAAAAACUUCUAAAUCUAAUUCUAAGGGGAAUUUAAAAUUGAAUGGCAAAUCAAAGAUUUCAGAUAAAUCCAACGUUAUAAAAGAAGUUUGCGAAAUACUAUCAGAUAAUGAUGAUGACGAAAUUUAUGAAAACAAGAUAGAAAUAUCAGAAGAGUUGAAUAAAGAAAAUAUUAUGGACGAUCCAUUUGAAGAUACAGUAGUUACAGAUGAAGAAACAGAUACGGAGAUUGAUAAUGAUUUGGAUGUUAAAGAAUUCAAAGAAACUUUAUCAGAAAUUUCCUUUAAACUUAUAAUUAAGCAAGAAAGAGAAAGUAGUGCAGCAGCUAUUAGCCAAACUACUUUUAAAGAUUUUAGGAAAAAAUUAAACCUUUUAGUACAAAAUCAAUUAGAUAAAUGGGUAAGAUAUGAUGAUUAUAUUGUUAGCUAUAAGCUAGGAAAGGAAACAGGUUCCGGAAUUCAAUUAACAGAUGAAAGGGAUUGGAUUAGAUUUUUAACUGAAUACAACAAAUUCCAUUCAAAGAAAAAAGAGUUGAACAAUAAACCUCCUACACCACCAACGCCACAACCACAAAGUUUUUUUUAUCCUAUAUCUUUUCCAUUUUACAAUUAUCCCUCCACACAAUCUCAACCAAUUUUAACUUCCCAAUCUUCUACAAUUUUUCCAUCAUCUGGUAGUAAACCUAUUCCAACCAUUCAAGAGUUUUUGGAAAAUUUGGAUAAUACGUAUGGGAGCCAAAAGUUUACCUGCUUUUUAGAAAGAAUUGUUAGUGAAUCUAUAGAUAUUUUGGACAUUCAAAUCUUAACUGAUAGUGAUUUUGAGAAAUUAGGUAUUAGUAGUAUUGGAGUAAAAACAAAACUUGUUAGAGAAGCAAAAAAUUAUUCAUCAUCAUAA